AUGCCUGUCGACUUCCAGUCUGCGACCGAGCGUUUCAAGAUUCCUGAAGCGUUUGGGUCUCAUGUUUUCUUUCGCGACAUUGCUGGCACCAAAGAUGCCGACCGCGCACAAGACCGAUUGGUCGGCAUUUGGUUCCGCAUCGAAAAGGGACCUGAAGUCGGACCCGGGAUUCACGGGUACGAUGAGUGCGGCGUUGUUUGGGAGGGCACAGUAACUCUACGCGACGAGAUCGGGAACGAGAGAACCUUGGGACCGGGCGAGAGCUUCUUCAUUCAUCGCGGCAGCGAGGUCAAGUUCUCUUCAACGGACUAUGGCGUAUGCUACAAAGCUGCCGCCAGGCCUCAGGGUAAGCUCUGA